UCACCAAUACCUGCCAUGUUUCCGCCUGGGAAUCGAUUUAGUGGUAGGAGUUCGCCAGGAGGCAAAGAGUUGAAGCAAAUCCUGAAAUAUACAGUUAUGGCUUCUAUGCCGGGAGUUCUCAGCCAGUGGCCAUGGAAGCAUCUCGGAAGCUUCAAGCAUCUGAUACUGGCUCCAUGGGUGAUUCGCCACAUAUAUUUAUUCACGGUUAAAGGAGAGAAAAUGGAUAUCAGCCAUUUAGUUCUGCCAUUUUUGCUGCUGAGAAUGGUGCACAACCAGCUAUGGAUUAGCCUUUCCCGUCACCGGACCGCCAAAGGGAAUAACAGGAUCGUCGACAAAGGCAUCGAAUUUGAUCAAAUCGACAGAGAAACAAACUGGGAUGAUCAGAUACUGCUAAAUGGAGUGAUAUUUUACGUAGGGGGAAUGGUGAUUCCGCAGGCAAACCACAUGCCGUAUUGGAGAAUGGACGGCGUAAUCAUAACAAUUCUGCUGCAUAUGGGUCCCGUCGAGUUCAUUUACUAUUGGCUACACAGACUUCUUCAUCAUCACUACCUCUACUCUCGCUACCACUCUCAUCACCAUUCCUCCAUUGUUACAGAGCCCAUUACAUCUGUGAUCCAUCCAUUUGCAGAACACGUUGCCUAUUUCAUACUGUUCGCUAUUCCAAUGCUGACCACGGUGUUUACCGGAACCGCCUCCGUAGCCGCGUAUUUUGGUUACAUCACUUUCAUAGAUUUCAUGAACAAUAUGGGCCACUGUAAUUUCGAGUUCAUUCCUGAAUUCGUUUUUUCUAUUUUUCCACCUCUCAAGUACCUCUUCUACACCGCUUCAUUCCAUUCUCUUCACCACACCCAAUUCAGAACAAACUACUCUCUGUUUAUGCCCAUGUACGACUACAUAUACGGUACUGUGGACAAAUCUUCAGAUUCCCUCUAUCAUAAAUCACUUACGAGACAAGAGGAAGUGGCUCAUGUGGUGCACCUUACCCACCUGACCACGCCCCACUCCAUCUAUCACCUCCGCCUGGGAUUUGCGCGACUCGCCUCUGUCCCGGAAUCUCCCACAUGGUACCUCUGGUUAUUGUGGCCUUUCACCCUCUCCACUCUCAUCUUCAAUUGGAUUUGUGGCCGCACUUUUGUUCUUCAGAGGCACCGCUUCGACAAACUGAGACUGCAAACAUGGGUGAUUCCAAAAUACAAUACACAGUACUCCAUGAAAUGGCAGAAUGUAUCGAUUAAUAAAAUGAUCGAACAAUCCAUACUGGAAGCAGAGGAAAAAGGAGUGCAAGUGUUGAGUCUUGGACUUUUGAAUCAGGGGAAGGAACUGAAUAGGUACGGAGAGAUAUAUAUAGAGAAGCAUCCGAGUCUGAAAGUAAAGGUGGUGGACGGAAGCAGUCUGGCGGCAGCAGUAGUGGUGGAUAGUAUUCCGAAAGGAACAACUCAGCUUCUUUUCCGGGGAAGCCUCAGCAAGGUUGCUUUUGCUGUUGCCUUUGCUCUCUGCAAGAAGGGCAUCCAGGUGGUAACGACCCUGAAGGAGGACUAUGAGGAGCUUAAAGCCUCUAUUGGAACACAACACUCCAAUAAUCUGAUUCUCUCUAAAAACUAUCAUCUUAAGACGUGGCUAGUGGACGAUAAGCUGAGCGAAGAGGAUCAAAACAAGGCAAGCAAAGGAACCUUAUUCAUCCCCUUGUCCCAAUUUCCACCCAAGAAAUUCAGAAACGCCUGCUUUUAUUAUCCCACUCCGGCCAUGAUUGCUCCUUCUUCAAUCGAAAAUGUCGACUCUUGUGAGAAUUGGCUGCCGAGAAGGGUGAUGAGCGCAUGGAGGGCCGGUGGAAUAGUGCAUGGCCUGGAAGGAUGGAAUGUGAAUGAGUGCGGAAACACCAUCUUCGAUGUGGACAAAAUUUGGCAAGCCAGUCUCCGCCAUGGCUUUAAACCUCUUUAUUAUAACAAUUAUUAGUAUUAUUCUACAAAUAUUUCUGUUGUCCAUGCAUAAUAAUAUCAAGAACAUAUAAUUAACCAGUUAAUCCAAUUACUUUGGAUUAUAAUAUUUUUCUUCUUUGCUGCA